AUGCAGAACUUCCUCUGGGGAAAUUGUAGCUCUAUUACUGAAUUUAUUCUCCUAGGAUUCUCUCACAAUGCAAAGAUAAAUCUUAUUCUUUUCAUUGUUUUCCUCUUCCUUUACCUUAUCACCCUCCUGGGUAAUGGGCUUAUUAUCACUUUAAUACGCAUGGACUCUCGCCUCCACACACCCAUGUACUUUUUCCUCAAUGUCCUAUCCAUUCUGGAUAUGGGCUAUGUUACCACCACAGUACCCCAGAUGUUGGUACAUCUAGUUUGCAAAAAGAAGAGCAUCUCAUAUACGAGAUGUGUGGCCCAGAUGUACAUCUUCCUGAUGCUAGGCAUCACUGAGUCUUGGCUUUUUGCAGUCAUGGCUUAUGACAGGUAUGUGGCCAUUUGCCAUCCUUUGAGGUAUAAAGUCAUCAUGAGUCCUUUGCUGUGUGUGUCAAUGGUAGCCUUCUGUGGAUUCUGGGGUAUUAGCUGUGCCCUGAUAUAUACUGUCUCUGCUAUGAUUCUUCCCUAUUGUGGCCCCAAUGAGAUCAAUCAUUUCUUCUGUGAAGUACCUGCAGUCCUGAAGUUGGCCUGUGCAGACACAUCUCUCAACGACCAGGUGGACUUCAUCUUGGGUUUCAUUCUUCUCAUAGUCCCACUCUCCCUUAUCAUCAUUGUCUACAUCAAUAUCUUUGCUGCCAUCUUGAAGAUUCGUUCAGCCCAAGGGCGAAUCAAGGCCUUUUCUACCUGUGCUUCUCAUAUCACUGUAGUUACUAUGUUCUCUAUUCCAUGUAUGGUUAUGUACAUGAGACCUGGUGCUGAGGCCUCCCCAGAAGAGGACAAGAAGUUGGCUCUGUUCUAUAAUGUCAUCUCUGCCUUCCUCAACCCCAUCAUCUAUAGCCUUCGGAACAAAGAUGUGAAGAGGGCUUUCCUCAAAGUGACAGGUUGGGGGAAAGCACCAGAAUGA